AUGAAAGGGAAGCUUAAGGGAGCUGAACAAGGCCACAGUCUACUCAAGAGAAAGAGUGAAGCGCUGACGAAACGGAACUCUGAUUUUUCUUUCUUACUAGAGAUCACACGGCGAAUCGAUGAUGCUAAACGGAAGAUGGGCCGAGUGAUGCAGAUUGCUGCCUUCUCCCUCGCCGAAGUAACGUACGCGGUUGGUGGUGAUAUCGGCUUUCAGGUUCAGGAGUCUGCCAAACAAGCUCGCUUCCGAAUCAGGACAAAACAGGAGAACGUUUCUGGUGUCUUGCUUCCUCAGUUUGAGAGCCUGACUACAGAUGGUAACAAUGAUUUUGGCUUGACAGGCCUUGGAAAGGGCGGGCAGCAAGUUCAGCGAUGCCGUGAAACUUAUGCAAGGGCUGUUGAGACACUCGUGGAGCUUGCAAGUUUACAAACCGCUUUCGUGAUUCUGGAUGAAGUCAUCAAGGUGGUGAAUAGACGAGUGGCUAUUUUGACUAAUAUACAUGCAGAUAUCAACUCAGAACUUGAUGAACUGGACCGUGAAGAGUUCUACAGACUCAAAAAGGUAAUUUAUCCUCUUUUGGCUAAGAUGCAACAGUUACUGAAUUAUGCUAUCCAGGUUUCCAACAAGAAACAGAGGGACACUGCGGCUUUAGAUGCCGAGAUUAAGGCCAAGCAGCAGAAGCAAGGGGCCAGAAACAAAGAAGAUGGAGCAGAACCAAGUGACAUGCUGGCAGAUGCCGAUGAAGAUGUUAUAUUUUAG